AUUUAGUUAAGUCAUCCCCUCAAUCUCCUCAUGCUGACCCGUUUUCUCUCAGAGACCGUGGAGCAGCGCGAGGCAAUAUUGCAGAAAUCUUGGCGGAGAUCUAUUAACGUUUUCCUCAGCCAACGAAUUCGCCACAGUCGUUAGCCACUUUCAGAUAAUUUCCAUAGACCAUGCAGGAUUUUGGAUUGGCGGCCACGUCGUGAACCAAAGCUGGACUUGGGUUGAUAACAGCACCAUGCCGACGGGAACCCCUUUCUGGGCGAUCGUCAAGAAAAUGCCAAGAGAUGCCGAGUGGUACUACUUGCACAAGGGGAAAAAUGUUCAGACGUAUCUGUGCGCCGCCAUGACACCCGAAUUCUACUUCUAUCUGAGUGACGCGUAUUGCUGGGAGGGAAAACACACCGUCUGUCAGCACGACCCUCGUCAACAGGGAUUUCAUCAUGGUGAGGAUGGUGGGCAUCGCAGAGGUCACGGCGAGCAUCAUGGUGGGCAUGGUGGGCAUGUUGACCAUUCUGAUGGGUACCAUGGAUAUUCUGGGCAUCAUGGAGGUCCUGGGAGUCAUCAUGGGCAUCAUUCUGGGCAUCAUGGAAGUCCCGGGAGCCAUCAUGGGCAUCAUGGAAGUCCCGGGAAUCAUCAUGGGCAUCAUUUUGGGCAUCAUGGAAGUCCUGGGAGUCAUCAUGGGCAUCAUUUUGGGCAUCAUGGAGGUCCCGGGAGUCAUCAUGGAGUUUAUGAAGGGCAUUAUCAUGAAUAUUUCGGGUGCCAUGGCGGGCAUGGCAAAGAAAACGGCGAUGGAAGCGAAGAAAACGGAGACGAAGAAUCCACGGAAGAGUCCUCGGAAGAGUCCUCAGAGGAAUCCUCGGAAGAAUCCUCAGAAGAGUCCUCAGAAGAAUCAGAAGAGUCCUCGAAGGAAUCCUCGAGUGAAUCCUCGGAUGAAUCCUUUGAAGAAUCAUCGGAAGAGUCCUCGGAGGAAUCCUCAAAUGAAACCUCGGAAGAAUCAGAAGAAUCCUCGGAGGAAUCAUCGGAAGAAUCCUCAGAAGAGUCCUCAGAAGAAUCAGAAGAAUCCUCGGAGGAAUCCUCGAGUGAAUCCUCGGAUGAAUCCUUUGAAGAAUCAUCGGAAGAGUCCUCGGAGGAAUCCUCGGAGGAAUCCUCGGAAGAGUCCUCAGAAGAGUCCUCGAAGGAAUCCUCAAGUGAAACCUCGGAAGAAUCAGAAGAAUCCUCGGAGGAAUCUUCAGGGGAAUCCUCCCUCUCUCCUCCCUCUCCUUCUUCCAUUCCUUUCCCCGAUUUCUUCCCGCCAGAUGAAAAAGGCUCCGGCGAAGAAGAAGGUUCUGGAAUGCGCGAGGAUCUUUUUAUUGACGCAGAGUUUUAAUGUUUAAUCUUCUUCUUUUUUUCCCAUCCUUUGCCUUCUAUUCUUUUCUUUUUCUCGUUCUUCUUCUUCUUCUUUUUUCUUCCUUUGCCUUCUAUUCUUUUCUUUUUCUCGUUCUUCUUCUUCUUC